AUGGCUAAGCCUGACGACCCAUUUUUUGAUCCAUUUUCUGAUCCGGACAAUCCACGCAGGAUUGAAUUUGAAGGAAUAUUAGCUGCAAGUAAACGAAUAGUGGGGCAAGUCGUCCGAACAGCAUGCACGAAAGCUCAGUCAUCGUCAAUGCUGGAAAUGGAGCUGUAUAUAAAACAGGAGUUUCUUCAAUAUACUGGAAGUUUUAAGGAGCGUGGAUUACGGAACACUCUUUUGCUGCUUAGUGAUGAACAAAAGAAGAUCGGUGUGAUCGCCGCUACCACGGGUAAUCAUGGCUGUGCUGUUAGCUACCAUACGACACAAAUGGGUAUACCCAGUAUAGUCGCCAUGCCUUUCUCUGCACCAGUAACAAAGGUGAAAAAGUGUGAGAAGUUCGGAGCUAAGGUAGUGAUGGUCGGUGCAAACAUUGAUGAAGCCAAACAACAUGCUUUGAUUUUGGCAAAGGAAACGAAAAUGCUAUACGUUAAUGGUUUCGAUCACCCGCACAUAAUAGAGGGCCAGGGGACGGUAGGUAUUGAAAUAGUAGAACAAGUUCCCGAUGUGGAUGCAGUGAUAGUUCCUUGCGGGGGUGGCAGCCUUUUGACUGGUAUUGCUGUAGCCGUUAAACAUCUCAAACCUGAUACUGAAGUAUACGGAAUUGAAACAGACAAAACUUGCAGUAUGACAGAAUCACUAAGAAAAAAUGAAAGAAUAUUUUUUCCAAUAGAUUCGACAAUUUCAGAUGGGUUAUCUGUCCCUAAAGUUGGAGUAAACACCUUAUACACUAUUAGCAGGGGAGGACUUGUAGAUAAAAUGGUGGUUGUAAAAGAAGAUUGGGUAGCUCGUGCCAUCACGCAACUAGUAGAACAAGAAAAAUUUGUUUGUGAAGGAGCUGGCUGUACCGCCAUGGCAGGCAUCAUGGCAGGACUCUUCCCUAAUCUGAAAGGGAAGAAAGUUGUAAUGGUGUGUUCCGGAGGCAAUAUCGACACCACAACCCUCACGCGCGCCCUAGAGCGAGGCAUGGCGGCAGAGGGGCGCCUCAUAAAAUUUAAGGUGACAGUGGUUGAUCGGCCCGGGGGCAUGGCGGACUUGUGUGGACUGCUGGCUAACUUAGGUGUAACUAUGCGUGAUUGUGUGCCCGAGAGAGCUUGGGUCAAGGGAGACGUGUUUAGUUGUGAUUUGAAAGUAAUCGUUGAAACUAAAGGAUGGCCACACGCAAAAGAAAUGGUAGAAGCCGUGAAGAAACAUUUUAAAGAGUGCUACUUCCCAGAAAUGAGCGAAAAAUCUGAAACUUCUCCAGGCACUCGACGUGGACCUUGUCUAGCACCUAAUCCUCUGUGUAUGCAGAAAUGA